AUGACAAACUUUUAUUUCUACGUGAUCAGGUGUUUGCUCGUUGCAUCUGCGCUCAAGUGGCGCACGGCCACGUCACUGCCGGUGCACACGCAACUGAGCGCAGAAGAGUGCCCGAACUGCUCGGCGCUCUUUAUGAACCUCUUGACAAAUAUCAGGGGGAUCCUUAACAAUGAUGACGUUUUGUUUCACGGCAUCAAGUCUAACAAAACAACUGUGAGCAGCUUGGCUGAGACGCCGCAAGCCUGCGCACCGAACAUUCAACAGAAUUCCAACUGCAUGGCUCAAAGAAGUACACCCUUCAGUGAGAGUGAAUGUCUCAUGAGCAUCAUGAAGGACAUUGUCCACUAUGAGGCUCUCAUUGAGUCCUACCUCAAGUUGACUCUGAAACGCCCCAAAGAAGAAAAGGCUCUUCUGAGCCCGACCCUGAAAAUUAUUCAAAACCUGAAGAAUUGUUUCCUGAGAUUCAAUGGAGGGAUGAACCCUGCAGAGGAGGACAUGUCUCGUAUGUGGGUAGACGACAGCUACACUAACCGACUUGAGAUGUUCAAGUUGAUGAGAGGCUUCUACAUCAGAGUCAUCACCAUCAACCGUGCGAUGGGCUACAUCUCCUCGGGAGACCACCGGGUGUAAACGUGCCAGUUCUGAGGGAGAAAAAAAAACACAAUAUUCAAUGGCAAACAUUUGAAUCCAAAAUAAUACAUUACAUAAAAUAAUUGAAUGUGAAACAGUAAAACUUAAGCAAGUAGAUGGAACAAAAAGAUUUGAUCAAAAUUUCUUAUGUUGCCAGGCAGACUUUGUAGGGCACAAAUAUUUGUGCCCCAAAGUUUCUCAUUUAUACCCCUCUAUGGUGCAAUUUUAACAUUUGGAAAUGAACAAAGCUAAAGCUAACGUAGCUCAAAAUAGCACCACCCGCUCAUACGUAGUCAGUAGCCAUGUUGGCUAAUUUCUAUGUGAUUGUAUUCCAAAAUUUGGGAAGAGAGUAAAUACGUAUUCUAUUUAUUACAGUUAUUUAUUUCCUUGCUUGGGAUGUAUUUUUUUUAUAUUUAUAAUAAUUGCUCAAUUUGAGCCAUGUGAAUUCCUGAUGUGACAUGUUUACUGCUUUAUAAGUUUAACAUAGUCAUGCAACAAGCCAGCUCAUUUGUGUGCCUUUUAUUUUUUUUACA